AUGGACAAAUAGUCACGUGGAAUGUGAUGCAAGGGAAGUAAGUUGAACAGAAAACACGCGUGUGGUGAAUCAUUUUGUGUAUGAUGUUGUGUUUUUAGUUAUUCACAUUUAACAUAACUCUUUUAGCAGAAGAAACCAAUACUGAAUUAGCAGGUAUGUACAGACAGCGCGAGGUUAGCGUGACUAUGAGGUAGAGUUUGUUUAGAAAUAUGUAUACCUUCAAUUCAUGUUUACGUAUAACGUUAGUCUAUGGUCGUAAAAGCGGUGAACUGAGAUAAAUUCCAUAUGAUCGCCAUGUAUUUACUUUAACGCGCCUAAAUGUAUGAGUAAAUGACUUUUAGAGCAGAUGCCCAGCUUGUAUGCUGCUGAGAGUCAUGUGUUGACACAUCCAGCUGUGUUUUGGAAGAGUAAUGGAUGAGGAUCCAGCAGUUAUGAAGGAUCCACAAUCAUCAAGUGUGGAAAUAAAGGAGGAUAUGGAUACUAAACGUGAAAGAAAGCAUCAGCCAACAGGAGAUUCUUUGGUUGACGUCAGCUUCUGCGGACCCACCCCUAUGUUGUGGAAAGUGUCUGACAUGAAAAAGUGCAGGUCUGAGGGUGUCAUCGGGGCUCUAGUGGGCUCUCUGGCCCGGCAACCGCGGCAGAAUGUUCGGCUGGGCAGACCACUGGAGCUCCGGCCGGAGGAAGCGCUGCUGCUGCUGGAGGAGAAGAAAACUGCUGCUGCUGUUAGACUCAACACUCAGCAGGGUUGUGAAGAUGAAGAGGCUCAUUCAGAGGCGGUGAGGGAGUAUGAGGCCGGUCUGGAGAGCAGUUAUCAGGAGCAGUGUGUUCUGGCCCUGGAGGACAAGAAGAAAACACUGAACAGAGUCAUGAAUGAGAAAGAGAACGGCACUGAAGGCUCUGGCAGUGCAGUCAGAGAGCGUCUCGAAGCACUAGACCAGUCUUUCCGCUUCCCCUGGUCAGCAAUGGCUGUCCAGCUCUGCACUGCCCGCUCCGGCUUCAGUCACUGUCCAGAGGAGCGCAGUUUCCACUCCACAGACUGCCCCGUGCCCAGAGAUCAGCGCUUGAACACUAGAUUCUGUGUGUACAGGGAUCUGAGAAAUAAAGGCUACUAUCUGACCUCUGCAGGGAAGUUUGGAGGAGAUUUCCUGGUGUAUCCAGGUGAUCCUCUACGCUUUCAUGCUCAUUAUAUUGCAUUAUGCGUCUCGUUGGAUGAAGAGAUGCCGGUCUGUGAUAUUCUAGCUAUUGCUCGUCUGGGCUCUAAUGUGAAGAAAACGGUACUGCUUUGCUCUCCUCAGGAGGGAGAUGUGGUGUAUUCGUCACUGCAGUGGAGUUCUAUGGUGUAACCAGACAAAAUAAAGUUAAAAAUAGUUUGAGUUUUCCCACAA